AUGGACACAUGCAAGCCCGUCGCCACUCCAGUUGACACCAAGGCCAAGCUGCUCGCUGCCGACGGCCCGCCUGUUGAUGAUCCUACUGCGUACCGCAGCCUGGCAGGUGCCCUGCAGUACCUCACGAUCACGCGGCCCGAGCUGGCGUACGUAGUGCAGCAAGUGUGCCUGCACAUGCACGACCUGCGCGCCGGGCAUCUGGCUCUGCUCAAACAUGUGCUUCGCUACGUUCGAGAUUCCACCGAACUCGGGCUCCAUCUUCAUGCCUCGACGAGCCUCGACCUGCGCGCCUACACCGACGCCGAUUGGGUUGGCUGCCCGGAUACACGCCGCUCUACUUCAGGGUUCUGCAUCUACCUUGGCGACGCUCUCCUCCUCAGCGAGCUGCUCUGCCCAGUGCGCUCCGCCACACUGGUCUUCUGCGAGAAUAUCUCAGCAGUCUACCUCUCCAGCAACCCUAUCCACCACCGGCGCACGAAGCACGUCGAGCUCGACAUCCACUUCAUUCGAGAGCGCGUCGCGUUGGGCGAGUUCCGCGUCCUGCAUGUCCCCACGCGACAGCAGAAGUGCAGGCCAGUAAUUCAGACAACUUCGACUAAAGGGGACACUAGAAAUGGAGAUUUUGAAAAAUGGGAAAACAAUCAACGCGGGACAGAUGGUUUAUGCAGUAGCAAGUCCAAGUCAGGUUACUCGAAGGCAUUCAGGGUGGAUUUGUCCCCAGAUAACGUGGUUGUUGCCACUGUUUAUUUUGUGCAAGGAGUUUUGGGCCUUUCCAGACUUGUUGUCAGCUUUUACUUGAAAGAUGAUCUUCAGCUUGAUCCAGCAGAGAUUGCAGUUAUAACUGGUUUCUCAGCCUUGGCGUGGUUGGUCAAGCCUCUUUUUGGUUUUAUCAGUGAUUCCGUCCCCCUCUUUGGAUAUCGAAGAAGGUCAUACCUCAUUCUAUCAGGACUCCUUGGAGCAAUUUCAUGGAGCUUGAUGACAACGAUUGUGGAUGAUAAGUACAGUGCAGCGCUCUCUAUUAUUCUUGGAUCUCUUGCAGUUGCCUUCUCUGAUGUUGUGGUUGAUUCUAUGGUCGUUGAGAGAGCUCGAAGUGAGUCACGGAGUACAUCUGGAUCUCUCCAGUCACUAUGUUGGGGAUCCUCAUCCUUUGGGGCAAUUGUGAGCGCAUACUUCAGUGGUUCUCUAGUGGAUACUUAUGGUGUAAGAUUUGUCUUUGGUGUUACGGCAUUUUUACCCCUGAUGACAUCUGCUGUUGCAGUUCUUGUAAAUGAACAGUGUUUGUGUUCUGAGGAACGUUCCAUCUCACUUUCGAGUUCAGGAUUGAUUGAAAGCUCUAAGCAGCAGAUCAGGCAGAUUUGGACUGCUGUAAAGCAACCGAACAUUUUCUUGCCUACUUUGUUCAUAUUCCUUUGGCAAGCAACACCAAAGUCGGAUUCUGCCAUGUUUUAUUUCGUCACAAACAAGAUUGGAUUCACUCCAGAGUUUCUAGGGCGUGUCACACUCCUCACAUCUGUUGCAUCCUUACUGGGCGUCGGAAUAUAUAAUUCGUUCCUGAAGGCAGUUCCACUAAGGAAAAUCUUUCUUGUGACAACAAUUUUAGGUUCUGCCCUUGGAAUGACACAUGUUCUUCUUGUCACUGGGCUCAAUAGGAAGCUGGGGAUAAGUGAUGAAUGGUUCUCCAUUGGGGAUUCCUUGAUUCUCACAGUCCUUGGUCAGGCUUCCUUCAUGCCCGUGUUGGUGUUGGCUGCGAGGUUGUGUCCCCUGGGAGUGGAAGCGACGUUGUUCGCCACCCUGAUGUCCAUUUCGAACGCGGGAAGUGUCGCUGGCGGUCUGGUGGGCGCGGGCCUAACUCAGUUUCUGGGUGUCACAAGGGACAACUUCGACAAUCUGGCUCUGCUGAUCGUGAUCUGCAACCUCAGCUCCCUGCUGCCUCUGCCUCUCCUGGGCCUCCUUCCAGAUGGAUCACCAGAUGCUGAUAAUCGGCAAACUAAAGUUGAUUGAAAUACUUGACCUUC